UUGAACCUGGAGUGGGAACAUUUGGGAGAGUCACUCGCUUCAUUGAGAACACGGCAGGACCGCUGCUGAUCAGAGGGCUGCACUGAGUGCUAGCUGGCUGCCAAAAUGGUCUUGGUUACACUUUGUGCUACCUUCCUGUGCACAUUCGUGCUGCCCUUGGCGCUCUUCCUGUUCGCUGUGAAGUUGUGGGACGUUUACUGUGUCAGUGGAAGGGACCCUGCCUGUGAAAAGCCCCUACCCCCAGGUUCCAUGGGGCUGCCUUUUCUAGGAGAGACCCUCCACCUAGUCCUGCAGAGAUACAAGUUCCUGAAAAUGAAAGUGCGUAAGUACGGCUACAUCUACAAGACCCAUCUGUUCGGGAACCCGACGGUGCGGGUCAUGGGAGCCGAGAACGUGAAGCAGAUCUUACUGGGGGAGCACAAGCUGGUCUCCGUGCAAUGGCCUGCCUCAGUCCGGACCAUCCUGGGGGCCGGCUGCCUGUCCAACCUACACCACUCGGAGCACAAACACAGAAAGAGGGUGAUCUUGAAAGCUUUCUCGAGGGAAGCUCUGCAGAACUACAUCCCAGUGAUGGGGGAGGAGAUCCGGGCCGGCGUCCGGCGCUGGCUGGACAGCGGCUCCUGUGUGCUGGUCUACCCCGAAAUGAAGCGCCUCAUGUUCGGCAUCGCGAUGCGGAUUCUGCUCGGCUUCGAACCCGCGAACACCAGCCCGCAGACUCAACGGGAACUCAUCCAAGCCUUUGAGGAAAUGAUCCGUAAUCUCUUCUCCCUGCCCAUCGAUGUCCCGUUCAGCGGCUUGUACCGGGGGCUGAAGGCGAGGAAUGUGAUCCACGCGAAAAUCGAGGAGAACAUCAGGAAAAAGGUGGCGAGACGCGAUUCCAGCGGGCAGUUCAAAGAUGCUCUGCAACUUCUGAUCGAGCACUCGGAACAGAGCGAGCAACCGCUGCGUUUACAGGAGCUGAAGGAAUCUGCUACCGAGUUGUUAUUUGGAGGACACGAGACGACUGCCAGUACCGCCACCUCGCUGGUCACCUUCCUAGCUCUACACCCGGAGGUGUUACACAAAGUCAGGAGGGAGCUGCAAGAGCAGGGAUUACUGAGCAGCGACGGCUCUGAGAUCAGAAACAUCAGCAUGGAACUACUGGAACAACUUAAAUACACCGGAAGCGUUAUCAAAGAAAGUCUUCGGCUCAGUCCCCCAGUUCCUGGCGGAUUCCGCGUGGCCCUAAAAACCUUCGUGCUAAAUGGAUAUCAGAUACCAAAAGGCUGGAAUGUUAUUUACAGUAUUUGUGACACACAUGAUAUAGCGACAAAUUUCUCAAAGAAAGAAGAGUUUAACCCCGAUCGCUUCAUGGAGGGCUGCUCAGAAAAUGAAUCCUGCAGAUUCAGCUACAUUCCUUUUGGAGGAGGAUCCAGGAGUUGUGUGGGCAAAGAGUUUGCCAAGAUUCUCCUCAAGAUCUUCACAGUGGAGCUAGUCAGGGCUUGUGACUGGGAACUUUUAAAUGGGCCUCCUACAAUGAAAACCAAUCCCAUGGUGUAUCCAGUGGACAACUUGCCCACAAAAUUCACACCAUUUCCAUACAACAUUGUGAAUACAGCUCAAAGCACAGGAACACUGUAGUUUAACAUAUCAAUAACCAACAUUUGGAUUUGCAUAGCGUCUACAGAUAUUGUCCACAGCCCGUAUACCAAAAAUUACACAAUAGCCUUCAGGAAGACAACUUGGUAGGAGGUUCAUUAAAAAACCAGAAACUUUGUGAUGAUUUUCACAAAUGUAAUUUUAUCUAGAUUGUGCAGUUGAAAACAUUUUCCUGCACAGACUAUUAUAAUUUUUUCUCCCCACAGUGACACAAGUCAAACUGUUUAACAAAUUAUGUAUUUUAUGUUUUCAUUAAUU